AUGGCGGCAAGGGGGAGCGGGCUUUGGUGUGUGUGUGUGUGUGUGUGUGUGUGUGUGUGUGUGUGUGUGUGUGUGUGUGUGUGUGUGUUUGUGUCGGAUGUUUGCUCAUGCGCGUGGCUGUGCCAACAUGGCGUGGCGCUGAUGCUGGCGCUGCACGCAGGCAUUUAUUUUAUCUUGCGCGCCUGGGCUGAAUCCCUGCAUCCCUUUUUCGCGGCGUUGGUCAAUGCGCUGACGUGGUAUCAAACGCUCAUCAUCAUCGCGCUCUAUCGGGAUCAGCGGGCGGGACGACUCACCUUUCGGCGGGGACGCGCGCGUGGAAAGCCGGUUCAGCGCCUCCCAGAUUUGAUGCGCCGCACGCUCACCCUAUACGAUACACGCGUGGCCAUUCCCGUCUCCGAGCUGGGCUCUGACGAGCUCGCCGCCUACCGCGGCCACCUGCAUCGCAUGACCCGCCUGGCCCUCGUGGUGCUCAUCUUGGGCAUGGCCAGCUCCCUGUACAUCGUCCCCCACUACCCCAACGAGUUGUGUAUGCUGGGCCUCGGCCACCUGGAUACCCGCUCUUCCCUGGCCGAGUUUUGGGGCCGUCGCUGGAACACCGUCGUCCAACCCGUCCUCAAGUCUUGCUUCUUCACUCCCACCGUCCAGGACCUCAGCUUGCCCGUGGCAGCUGGCGUCUUAAUGGCUUUUAUUGGCAGUGGGCAUUUGCACGCCUACCCCAUGUGGUUGGCUGGGGCUAGCUGGUGGGAUGGGGGCCUCGUUUUCCUUUUCUUCCUUCUUCAUGGUAUCGGUGUACUCUUGGAGGGAGCGCUGCUGGCCCGCGCACCCCGCACUCGCACUUUGUUUGCCUGGUUCUGGAUGAUUAUUUCGGUGUUUCCACUCUAUCACGGCAUCUUCAUGGCCUAUGAUGAGCUGGCACGUCACCCGCAGGCCUGAACAGUCUCAGCUCUUCAAGACAGAUCAGAAUCGAUUUACACGCC